UCAGCCCUCCCUCCCUCUUCUCAUCCCCGCUAGCUCUAGCUCUCUCUGGGUACAUCUAAAAAGAUACAGCUGCCAAGAAAGUGGAAAGGAGUGAACCAGAAGAUAAAGCACCCUGCUGUGGGAAGCUUGGCAAAAAUGAAGAUGGUCUCGGUGCUGCUGCUGCUGCUGAGCACCCUCCAGGGUACCCCCGCGGCGCCUUCCCAGCGCCCUUCUUGUUACAAGAGGGCCCUCAAGGACCACAGCUGUCACACCAUCCCCGAAGGCAAGGAGAACCUCCGAUACAUUGAUGAUGGUCUGCAAGAUCACUUUUGGGAAGGGAAGGGCUGUGAGGUGGUCUGUUACUGCAACUUGAAUGAAUUGCUCUGCUGCCCAAAGGAUAUUUUCUUUGGACCAAAGAUAUCUUUUGUGAUCCCCUGCAACAGUCAAUGAUUCAAGUCUGCAAGUGAAGAUAACAGACAUCAUUCUAUGAUCGUGUAAUGUUUUCAAGGGUAAAACAAAACUACCACCAACAAAGAAAACUUAUUUUCUAAUCACAAGCCACUGCCUCACUUUACACUGUAGAAAUAAUUUCCUUUCUAUACCUUUAUGGAAUAUCAAAUACAUAAGAAGUAUUCUUUUCAAAUCUGGUAGCUGACCUAAUUUCCAUAAAGCCAUUUCCAUGGUUUAACAGACUGUACAAGCUCUUAAUGUAUCCUAAUAUUGCAUACCCCAGCAAAAAGCAUAACUCUUCUUACUCAGCACAAUAUCCUUAUUUAGUCUGGACAAAGAAAUGUCAAGCCUAAGCCUUCAUGUUGUUAGGAACAUGACUCUCAGAGCAACUUAUGGCAGUGCAGCUUCCUAUUCCAUUAUUGGCAUCACACUUUUACUGUCAUUUUAAGCUGAAGCCACUCAGUCCCUGGCACUUCUGAAGAGAGGCUCCCAUGUUCUGUUUAGGCAUCUUAAGUACAUGCACAUACAAAAGGCCUGUAUUUCCAUAUUUGAAAGUAUUUCACCGGAAUUAAAAAAAUAGUAAAAAUUGACAUUAAUAGUACUAAAGCACACUUGGGUCUUAUGUCUAACUGGUCACCUGCCUUGACAAUACAAUCUCUAAACCCUUAAAUUGCUUAAUCAUAGCACUGAACAUUUAAAAACAUUAGAACAACUGAUUUUUUUAUUCAAGCUCUCUUUGAAAUACAGUACUCCAAAGUAAGUUAAAAUGUUGGCUUUUUUAGGCUAGCCCUGUAAGGCAAUAGCUACAGAAAACACAGAGAUAAUAAUCUUAAUAUUUAAGAGGUAUUGUGAUCUAUGAGAGAUACAAAGAGACAUAAAUUUUGGACCAUUUCUCUGUUUUACAGCAAUCUGUAUCGGCAGGUGUUGAGAGGAGGCCACAUAAUUUUAAGCAGAAUCACCUGAGCAAGUCAGGCUUACAGGCAGCAAGCCUGACUUGCUGCUUUACACAUAUAAACUCUUUAGCUAUCAAGUCAGUCACAUGGAAAGUGCGCAGGACUGAAGGAACUGCGCAGUCUUCUCUACUCAAAAAAUGCACUGUUACCUAAUAAUCUUACACAUUGGCCCAAACUGCUACUACCAGUUUACCAUGCUUACUUCAUGUGCCAGUAUGAAAUACCACCAUGACUAUUGUUCUUCUUGUUAGUAAACAAGGGUUGGAUACUGGGGGAGAGGGUGAUUAUAC